CCUGCGGGCUGCGUAGUGCGUUAGUUACUCUCGGGCCGCCGUAGAGAGAGGUUGCGUCGCGUCGCUAAUAACUUUGUCCUCACGUGUUCACUACUCGAUCGAAUAACUAAUAUGUUCAGUUUUUUAAAUCGAAUUUUUAAUAAAAGAUUAAAGUGUCCUAUGAUUGUGUGUGUUUUUCGCGGGAGUUGUGUGUAGACAGCUAGCGGAAAGGAUAACGAUGUGUUAAAACAUGACAAGGUUUUUGUGGAGUGAAAGCGGUCAGUGAACGAACACAAUGUUUCCGGCGGUGGUAGCGUUACUACUGCUGCUGGGAUGGUCGGGGUCGGAGAGCGCGCGGCCGGCGCCCGUUGACGUGCCGCGCUGCUGCCCCGUGAACCACUCGCUGCCGGCCGAGCUGCUGCGCGCCGCGGCGCUGGACGCAGCCGCCGUGCCCGCGGCCUGCGCGCCGCAGGCCAACCCCACGUCCUGGGCGCCGCUCGUGUACGCCCCCGCGCGCAGCGUCUUCCUGGAUCGCGGCCGGCUGCCAUCGCACUGGCGCGUCGCCGAUUCCGCCGUGCCGGCUUGCCCAGAACUUCGUGUGGUCUUCGAGCACGCGGCCUCUUACGCCUUGCUGGCGAACAACGGAUCAUUAUUACUUAGAGGAGCGACGGCCGCCCUGCCGCCGUCCCGGUACUGCGCCGACACGGGGGCCGCCCUGAUUUGCGCUGAAGACAUGGGCGGUCGCGGGCUUUCGAAGUGCUGCGCCGAAGGCCGCGCGUUCGACGGGUCGCGGUGCGUGGAGGAUUUGGAGCGCGCCGCCGAGGCGCUGAGGGAGCUGCAAGCGCUGGCCAACGGCAGCACGGUGAGCGCCGGGUGGCCGUCGUGCGCGGAGGGCUCGCGCUACUCGGUGGCGGGCCCGCUGAGUGCGGCGCGGCUGCUGGCGGACGGCGCGCUGGAACUGGCGGCGGGCGGCGCGCGGCUGGCGGCGGGCGCCUGGUGCGGCGAGGCGGUGGCGGGCGAGAGCGGCGCCCGGGUGCUGGCGUGCGAGGCAGCGGCGCGCGCGGAGCGGCCCGCGCUGAGCACGCGGCAUGCGCUGUACGGCGCGGGGCUGGCGGUGGGCGCCGCCUUCCUGGCCGCGACGCUGGCAGCGGGCUUCGCUCUGCCGGCUGCGCACCACGCGCUGCACUGGCGCUGCCAGACCUAUUAUGUGGCGGCACUUAUGCUGGGCGACGUCCUGCUGGCCGCUACGCAGCUGGCGGGAGACACGGUGCCUCCCACGCUUUGCCGUACCCUCGCCGUGUGUAUGCACUUCCUCUUUCUGUCGGCUUUCUUCUGGCUCAACACGAUGUGCUUUAACAUUUGGUGGACAUUCCGGGACUUCCGGCCGACGUCGCUGGAGCGCGGGCAGGAGGCGUGCCGGCUGCGCGUGUACAUGGUGUACGCGUGGGGCGGGCCGCUGCUGCUGGCCGGCGCCGCCGCGCUGCUGGACCGCCUGCCGCCCGUCGCCGCGCCCGCGUUGCUGCGCCCGCGCUUCGCCGUGCAGCGCUGCUGGUUCUACGGCGACAUGGAGAUCCUCGUCUACUUCUUCGGGCCCGUGGCCGUGCUGCUGCUCGUCAACCUCGCCCUCUUCGUGUCCACCACGCGCCAGCUCACCUGCGGCCUUUGGCGCCGCGACGAAGUCAAGUCCACAUCCGAAAGGGCGGCAUUGGGACGCGUGUGCGCGAAGCUGGUGGUGGUGAUGGGCGUGACAUGGGGCGCGGACGUGGUCUCGUGGGCCGCCGGCGGGCCGGAGUACGUGUGGUACGCGACGGACCUGCUGAACGCGCUGCAGGGCGUGUUCAUCUUCCUGGUGGUGGGCUGCCAGCCGCACGCGUGGGCGGCGCUGAAGCGCGCGGCGGCCGCGUGGUGCGCGCGCGCGCCGCACGCCGCCGCGCACUCGUCCUCGCACCUGCCCUCGUGCGGCGAGUCGCUCACGCACACCACGGCGGCCGCCCCGGCCCCCGCGCCGGCCCCCGCGCCCGCCCCCGCGCGCCUGCCCAUGGAGACCGUCUGCUGAUGGACGCGAUCUCCCCGAGACCAGUAUUAAUUACCCUACGAGAUCACGUAGACGAUUACUUUUGUAUGACUGUCCGAAACGAGGCUCUGUAUAUACGUAUUUUUAGUUAGGUAGGUAUACACGUGUUUGUAUAUGUAUGUAUGAAUGAGUUAAUUUAUAUUGUGAAAUUGACGAUACGUCGCACGUGAACGUCUUGCCGUUCGAUUGGCUGUUGAAUAAAUAUUUGUGAGAUUCGU